UCCGUUUCCUCCAUUUCAUUCUGUUUCAAUCGUCAGCCUUGACUGCGAUCAUAUGACAAACAUGAGGUGAAGGCUGGACUUCUGAGGACAUCCGUCCUCUCUGAGACGCCAACAAAAUCAUGAUUGAGAGUCUGCGCCCGUAGUGAGGCAUAUGCAGGAAGAAAACAGUACCCCCAGACAAUGUCUAUCAAGGCCAUCUUCUACAGCAAAUUUGACCCUCAUGAAGGUCCGAAGAUAGUCCACCAGGUACCUGAAGGGUCCAUCGUGACGAGUUCAGAACUGUCAGCAUCAAAUGCAUCCACCAUUCCUUCGCCAGCAACUGCCUUGUUGUCCUUUUCCACCAUCUCUCGAUUCCUGAUUCCACGUCAGUCGCUCUGCGGGAAUCUACUUUCACUGAGUCCUCCUACGUUGAACCCAAAUACUCCUCAGACAUUGGUCUUGUCAUAUCCGAUAUGCCUGACUUCCUCCCACUAUCCCCGAAAUGAGUUCAUCUUCAACUUUGCCCUGGUCUUGGGCGAUCCUGCCACAAUCGAUGUGCCCUCGUAUAAAUCAGUGGUCAAGAAGCUCGCUCAUCUGAUGCGAAGCCUGGAAGAACAGUCUCAUUUCCUAUCCGACGACACGUCACUUCCGAACACGGGCAGAAUCUAUAGCCUAUGUGAGAUGCUGAUGGAAGACCUUAACAACUAUUGCGAGUGCAUGAUUCCCAUCGAUGAACUCAACACGCUCAACAUCAAGCUGUUUCCUACGCUUCCCAAUCCAGCCAGUGUCAAACCCUGGCACGUUCCGUUAUUUACUGUCGUCAUUGAGUCCAUGGUCGAUGAGAACUGGGACUUGACUAUGCUUCGCAUUAUCCCUUUUAUCAAUGGGGUUAAUUGCGUCAAACGAAUCGCAGUGUUGGCCGAUGCAGAUCUGAAGUUGACCAAGAAGUGUAUCAAGCACUUGGUCUACUACGGCUGUGUGAUUCUGUUGGACAUCUUCACUUUCAACAAUAUUUACGCGGCAACGGCCGAGUUCUCUCAAAUGAUUGCCAAAGACUUAGACAUGCAGAAGGAAUGUGCACGCUAUGUCAAUACGGCAUUAGCACCCGGUUUACAAGAAGAAGCCAUUGAGGACGGAGCGACGAACGACCGACGGUCAAGUGGCAUGACAACAACGACGGCACAUCAUAACCUGCAGGACGAUGAGAUUUGGCCGUUGACUGGAAAGGGUGAUCUAAUCGAUGGAGUCGGCAUUGUUCAGCUGUUUGCCUGUUUGAGACAAGGCUUGACCGUGCGUGAAUGGUACGCUCAGAAUGCCAAUAUGCUCGCCAACAUUGACAUGCGACGGUUCAUUACCUUUGGUGUGAUCAAGGGAUUCCUCUAUCGUAUUCAUCGAUAUGCCAUUCGAACAUCAAAGGGGCCUAUAGUGGAUUUUGACAGGAAAUUAGGCGACGAGACAAACCAAGGUAGAAGACUCGUCCCACGAAGCAUGUCGAGCGAACGACAUUUCUCUGAAGCGACCCGACUACAGCGUCACCAUCACCAUCACCAUCACCACAGUAAUCACCCGACAAAAAAUGAACAGACCAACGGACAAGCAAGAAGUGAUCAAUUCUUGAACACUCGAUUGGUAGAGUUCCUUGAUGGCACACACUGUUUUGAUGAAAUUUGCACGGACCUGGAAAUCAAUGAGAAAGAAUUGACUGAGAGGCUCAAAAGUCGAGAGUUUGGGGAAGUGGUAGUGAUUUGCCGAUGAUUAAGGACACGCCCUGUGAUAGCUCUCCAAAUUGAACGAGAGGAAAUGAAAAGACCAUUGCAC